CCGCGCAGCGCGGCGCCCUGCAGACCCGAGGCCUCGGCUCUCCUUCUCCCCCUCCUCGCCUUCUCACCUCCGGGGCAGUGAUUGUCCCCCCGCCUGGCCGGACCUUCCCGCAUCUCCCCAUCUCUCUCCUUCUCCCUCUGCUCUCUGCCCACCUUUCUCAUAUGCCCACCUAGGGCUCCUCCCCAGCUCCUUCUCAGUCUUUCUCUGACUCUCCGCUAGCCGCAGCCCUCCUGGUCCGCGGGGCGAUCAGUGCCCUGGUGCCUCAGUGUCCUCCUCUCACUUUCCCCAACUCCCCUCUGGCUCUGCUCAGGCGGCCUGGCCCCGGGGCAGGAAGGAUGGUUCCCGAAGUGAGGGUCCUCUCCUGCUUGCUGGGACUCGCGCUGCUCUGGUUCCCCGUGGACUCCCAAGCUCGAGCCCGCCCAGAUCUGUUCUGCCUUUUCCAUGGGAAGAGAUACUCCCCCGGAGAGAGCUGGCACCCCUACCUAGAGCCACAAGGCUUGAUGUAUUGUCUGCGCUGCACCUGCUCCGAGAGUGCCCAUGUGAGUUGUUACCGCCUCCACUGCCCACCAGUCCACUGUCCCCAGCCCGUGACGGAGCCGCAGCAGUGCUGUCCCAGGUGUGUGGAACCUCACACCCCCUCUGGGCUCCGGGCGCCCCCAAAGUCCUGCCAGCACAACGGGACCAUGUACCAACACGGAGAGAUCUUCAGUGCCCACGAGCUGUUCCCCGCCCGCCUGCCCAACCAGUGUGUCCUGUGCAGCUGCGCAGAGGGCCAGGUCUACUGCGGCCUCACCACCUGCCCUGAGCCCGGCUGCCCUGCGCCCCUGCCUCUGCCUGACUCCUGCUGCCAGGCCUGCAGAGAUGGGACAGAUGAGAAAUCAGCUGAGGAGGACACGACGCAGCCGCACCGCGGGGUGAGACAUCCGCAGGACCCGUGCUCAGGCGAUGGUGGGAGAAAGAGAGGCCUGGGCACCCCAGCCCCCACUGGCCUCAGCUCCCCUCUAGGUUUCAUCUCUCGCCACUUCCGCCCGAAGGGGGCGGGCAGCACUACCGUCAAGAUUGUCCUGAAGGAGAAACAUAAGAAAGCCUGUGUGCACGGCGGGAAGACAUACUCGCACGGGGAGGUGUGGCACCCAGCCUUCCGCUCCUUUGGCCCCCUGCCCUGCAUCCUGUGCACCUGUCAGGAUGGCCGCCAGGACUGCCAGCGCCUCACCUGCCCUGCUGAGUACCCUUGCCAUCACCCCGAGAAAGUGGCUGGCAAGUGCUGCAAGAUCUGCCCAGAGGACAAGGCAGACCCUGGACACAGUGAGAUCAGUUCCACCAGGUGUCCCAGGGUGCCCGGCCGGGUCCUUGUCCACACAUCCGUAUCUCCAAGCCCAGACAACCUGCGACGCUUUGUCCUGGAGCGUGAAGCCUCCGACCAGGUGGAGAUCUACCUCUGGAAGCUGGUAAAAGAUGAGGAAACUGAGGCUCAGAGAGGUGAAGUACCUGGCCCCAGGCCACACAGCCAGAAUCUUCCACUUGACCCAGAUCAAGAAAGUCAGGAAGCAAGACUUCCAGAAAGAGGCACAGAACUUCCGGCUGCUCACUGGCACCCACGAAGGUCACUGGAACGUCUUCUUAGCCCAGACCCCGGAGCUGAAGGUCAUAGCCAGUCCGGACAAAGCAACCAAAACAUUGUAACAAAGACCUAA